GAAAGCGCUGACCGCUCUAAUGGAUCGCAUGGAGCUGCAAAAAGUCAACAUCGAACCUGAUGACCAGAGCAACAGUGGAGAAAGCCUUGAAGACAACUACACAGAGCCGGCUGGUUCGGAAAAGGCUGCAAUUAGGAGUCCCUUUGCUAGUGAUGAUGCAGAAAGUCAGAAGUUCCUUACAAAUGGAUAUCUGGAUAAAAAGAAAUUAGAAGACUAUGAUGAAGAAUAUCAUAGGGGUAGAACUUCCUUUGGAAUGUCCUCGUUCAACCUCAGCAAUGCCAUUAUGGGCAGCGGCAUCUUAGGGCUCUCCUAUGCCAUGGCCAACACAGGAAUUAUCCUUUUCAUAGUUUUGCUGCUCAGUGUAGCAAUAUUGUCACUCUACUCGGUCCACCUUUUACUGAAGAUAUCAAAAGAAGGAGGAUCAUUAAUAUAUGAAAAACUGGGAGCAAAGGCGUUUGGCUGGCCUGGGAAGUGUGGUGUUUUCAUUGCAGUCACAAUGCAGAAUAUUGGCGCAAUGUCAAGCUACCUCUUUAUUAUUAAGUAUGAACUUCCUGAAGUCAUCAGAGCAUUUCUGAAACUCGAGGAGAAUUCUGGAGAAUGGUACCUUAAUGGGAACUACCUCGUCAUACUUGUAACUGUUGUGGUUAUUCUUCCCCUCUCCCUUCUAAAAAGCUUAGGUUAUCUUGGUUACACAAGUGGGUUUUCGCUGACCUGUAUGGUUUUCUUUGUCAGUGUGGUGAUCUUCAAGAAAUCCCAAAUACCCUGUCCUCUUCCCAUCAUGGACCACGGAGCUGAAAACUGGACAACCACCAAUAACACAAUGCCAAUGCACCUGGUCAUGUUAUCAAAUGAGUCACUCAGUUCUGGUGUGAAUUUCAUGAUGGACAACACAGCUGGGCACUUCCCAAGCCUUGAGGAGCCAAAAGAUACAUCCCCAAAAAGCGGUGUAGAAUACGAAGCACACAACGACAAUAGUGACAAGUGCCAGCCAAAAUACUUUGUGUUCAACUCACGGACUGCCUAUGCAAUACCCAUCCUGGCAUUUGCAUUCGUAUGCCACCCUGAGGUGCUACCAAUAUACAGUGAACUCAAAGAUCGCUCCCGAAAGCGGAUGCAGAAUGUUUCCAAUAUCUCCAUCACUGGCAUGCUCAUCAUGUAUCUUCUGGCUGCCCUCUUUGGAUACCUUACCUUCUAUGGAGAAGUUGAAGAUGAGCUGCUUCAUACAUACACUAAAGUGUACACCUUUGACACCCUUUUGCUGUCAGUUCGUCUGGCAGUGCUGGUGGCUGUAACCCUGACUGUGCCCCUUGUCCUUUUCCCUAUCCGUUCAUCUAUCAGUGCAUUGCUGUUUCCCAAAAGGCCAUUCAGCUGGAUAAGGCAUUUCCUGAUUGCAGCAGUAAUUUUGGCUUUUAAUAAUCUGCUUGUAAUUUUUGUCCCAACAAUUAAAGACAUUUUUGGAUUUAUCGGAGCCUCUUCCGCUACAAUGUUGAUUUUCAUUCUCCCUGGUGCCUUCUACCUGCGAAUUGUUAAGAAGGAACCCCUGAGGUCUCCCCAGAAGAUUGGGGCUCUAAUUUUCCUCAUAGUUGGCAUAAUCUUCAUGGUUGUGAGUAUGACUCUUAUUGUAAUGGACUGGAUUUACCAUCCCCCAAGUUCAAGACAUCAUUAA